UUGAACUAAUCAUGGCGAACCAGUGGUGGACCAACACAGUUCCCGUGGGCGCGCUUCAACCCGAUCUGGGCCUCUCCCUAAACGACGUCGCGCCGCCACCCAACGAGGAGCCCAAAGAAGGAGCGACGGACGCGUCUUUGCUCGUGUCCACCUCGCGCAGGCCCAGGGGCCGCCCACUGGGCUCCAAGAAUAAGCCCAAACCGGCCCAGUGCAUGGCCCAAGACACCGCCAACGUGAUCGAAAGCCACGUGAUCGAGAUACCCAACGGAGCUGACAUUCACAACAGCCUGAUUGAGUUCGCGAGAAGGCGGCAACGAGGCGUGUGCGUCAUGAGCGCCACCGGCGCCGUGGCGAACGUGAGGCUCCGGCAGCCCAUGCCCCCCGGCGCCGUGAUGGUGCUGGAGGGGCGGUUGGGGAUUGUGUCGCUGAGCGGUUCGUUUCUUCCCGGAGCGUUAGCGGUGGGUUUAAGCGUUUAUGUGGCGGGUGGGCAGGGACACGUCGUCGGAGGCAGAGUGGUGGGUCCACUCGUUGCCUCGGGAAAGGUUAUAGUCAUUGUGGCUGCGUUUUCCAAUGCUUUGUAUGAGAGAUUACCCAUUCAGGAUGAUGACGAUGAUGAUGAUGAAGACGAUGAUCCUUCAAAUAAUAUACCAGACAUGAACGUUGAACCUUGUUCUCAUUGCUCUCUUUCUCGUACCAGAUCACCACCCUUUUAAUCCUUAGACAUAGACUCAUCUCUAUUUCGAUAUUUAUUAGUACUAUGUUGUUGAUGGUAGCUUAUGUUAUCUGGUUUUAAUGUAUCAAUGUUGGUUUAGAACAGAAACAGUUCCUUCCAAACUCUUCCCUCGUAAUAAAAAAACUUAUCUCUCUUGCUGUCUUGCAGUUGUAAGUAACCGAUGAUGCA